AUGGCAAACAAGGAUCCCCCUCCAGUACUCCCAAUCUCCACGCCACCCACUCGUCGUUCCCCGCGCCGAAAACCGACGGUGCUGGCACUAUGCGCUCUCGCCACGACCUUAGCGGUCUACAACACUUACUUAACCUCGACGGUCUCUACCAGCAAUUCCACCGUCCAGGUCCAACACAUCCCACUGAAUGCUCAGCAAAUUCUAGGUCAAUGUGCUGCCCUGCGAGCUACUGUCGGCCCUUCGAUAGACUUCCUCGAACGACAACGCUCAGACCGGUUCGAGCCCGGUACACCACCAAUCCUCAUCCGAAACGCGACGAUAUGGACGGGCGCGAGGAAUGGUACUGAGACUGUUCGAGGAGACUUGUAUCUGGAGCAGGGCAUCGUCAAAGGCAUUGGCUACGUGUCUCAGUCCCUAUAUGCGCACGUGGAAAGUCUCGUGGAGGUGAAUGCACAGGGAGGAUGGGUAACACCUGGUCUAGUGGACCUGCACUCUCACCUUGGUAUUUUCAGUACGCCCGUUCUGAGUGGUGCAUACGAUGUUAAUUCUGCCCAUGGACCGAUUCUUCCCUGGCUCAGGAGCAUCGACGCGUUUAAUACGCACGAUGAGUCCAUUCGGCUUGCUAUCGCGGGAGGAGUGACGUCCGCACAGAUCCUGCCCGGCAGCGGAAAUGCUAUAGGCGGCCAAGCCUUUAUGGUGAAGCUGCGACCGACUUCGGAGAGGUCUCCCACAUCAAUGAUGAUCGAGCCACCAUACACGCUGAACGGAACUGAAUUUGACCCGUCUCAGCCCUUGCGCUGGCGGCACUUGAAGUCUGCAUGUGGCGAGAACUUGCGCAGGUACGGCAACCGCAUGGAUGCUGUGUGGUCGUUCCGGUCCGCGUACAAUGAGGCGCGCAAGAUCAAGAACACACAAGAUGCCUAUUGCGCAAAGGUGGAAGCGGGCCUUUGGAACGAGCUCCAGGGACAGGAUUACCCCGACAACUUGCAAUGGGAAGCAUUGGUAGAUGUUCUGAGGGGUCGUGUUAAGAUUUCAAACCACUGUUAUGAGGAGGUUGAUCUUGACGACAUCGUGCGGUUGACGAAUGAAUUCCAAUUUCCCAUUGCCUCGUUCCACCAUGCGUCCGAAGCUUGGCUCGUCCCGGAUGUGCUCAAACGAACGUGGGGAGGCACUCCCACCAUCGCUAUGUUCGCAACAAAGCACCGCUAUAAACGCGAGUCUUACCGUGGUUCAGAGUUCGCGGCCCGUGUGCUCGCAGACAAUGGUAUCCCCGUGGUCAUGAAGUCCGACCAUCCUGUCCUGAACAGUCGUUACCUUAUGUUCGAGGCGCAACAGGCACAUUACUUCGGUCUUCCACAGCGCCUUGCACUAGGGUCUGUGACAUCCGUCCCUGCUGCAGCGGCUGGGAUGUCGCACCGCAUUGGGAUUCUGUACGAAGGCGCAGAUGCGGACGUCGUACUCUGGGAUUCUCAUCCGCUGCAGCUGGGCGCGACGCCGCGCAAGGUAUGGAUCGACGGAAUCCUGCAAAUCGGGAACGACAAAGAGGGCGUCAUCGUGGGCAAAGGCAAAGAGGACCGGGCGUUCCAGGACGUGCCAGACGUUCCGAACUGGGAUGCGGAGCGCGAGAAUGCUAUCAAGUACGAGGGUCUCCCGCCGCUCGAGGGGAUGCGGGAGGGCGGGCGCGUUGUAUUCCGCAACGUCAGGGAGCUGUGGCUGCGCGGGCAGGAGAGUAUCGUGCCCAUGUUUAUGGCGACAGCCUCUGAGGUUGGGACGGAGGUGGUCGUCGAGAACGGGAAGGUGUCGUGCAUCGGUAGGGCCUGUAUGGGCGGGAUCGAUAAUGCGCGCGCGUUUGUAGACCUGCGCGGUGGCUCGAUUUCCCCGAGCUUGAUGACGUUCGGCUCGCGCGUUGGGUUGGAAGAGAUUUCCGGCGAACCCUCGACGGGCGACGGAGCAAUAUACGACCCGUACUCGGAUGACGUGCCUGCUAUACUUGGGGACAAAGCCGGGUUGGUGAGAGCGUCAGAUGCCUUGCAGUUCGGGACUCGGAAUGCGCUACUUGCAAACCGUGCUGGGGUGUCGUAUGCGACGUCCUCGCUCAUUGCACAUGAGUCUACAAUCAGCACCGCGUCCGCGUCGAUCAAUGUAGGCCUGUCUACGACCUUCCGCACCGGCGCUACGCACGGCCUCGAGCGCGGCGCGGUGAUCAAGCACGUAACGGCGCUGCACGUGGUCAUCAGCCGGAGCGCGCCCACCUCGCGCAUCGCGGGCGUGAGUGUGAGCAGCCAGAUUGCGACGCUACGGCGUCUCUUGCUCAACGCGGAGAGGUCAGACACGGAGACGGGUCACUGGUUCAAGCAGGCUGCGAAGGGUGUGAUCCCGCUCGUCAUCGACGUCGCGAGCGCGGAUAUCAUGGUCACGCUGCUGAAACUGAAGGCGCAGAUUGAGGAGGAGCGCGGGUCCACGUUGAGGAUGGUGUUUGCGCGCGCGACAGAGGCGCACCUCAUCGCCAGCGAAAUCGCUCAAGCGAAAGUGGGCGUUAUCUUGGACCCCGUAAGGCCUUUCCCGCAGAUAUGGGAUGAGCGCAGAAUAUUGCCCGGUCCUCCGCUCACUAACGACACUGAGCUCGUCACGCUCAUGGAGCACGGCGUGACGGUAGGCAUCGGCGUGCACGGCGCCUGGGAGGCAGCGAAUACGCGCUUCGAGGCCGCCUGGGCGGGCCUAGAGUCGAACGGGCGCAUCGACCGGUUGCAGGCUCAUGCGCUGGUAUCGACGAACCUUGAGAAGCUGCUAGACCUGGAGGGCUGGCUCGGGGACGACGGUGACCUUGUCGCGUACGCGGGCGGGAGCGCGUUCGACCUCUCGAGCAAGGUUACCGCGGUGUUGUCUCCAGGGAGAGGCUUGGUGGAGCUGUUUUAG